AGGAAGUGUGCUACACCCCUGUAUGUACCCACUCUCGGCUGCCGCGGGGAAGGUGCGGCGUACUUCGUGUUCCGGCUGCCCGGGGUGGGCCUGAGCCUUUGGCUCUCCAGUGACGGGUAGAGGAGGCCGCAGGCUCUGGACCUGCUUGUUUCGGUGGCGGACUCGGCGGACUGACCUCGGCCGCUGCUCUUGCUGACCUUGGCCCAGGGUCGGAGCCGAUGGCGGCUUGGGCCGCUGUCACCUCGAGCAGGGCCGCUGCCCAGUGCUUGUGGGCGCGAGGCUCCGGGGUCCGGAUGGCUCUUCCGUGCUUCCCCCCGGCCUUCCAGCCUGAGCCCCCAGGCUGUAGCCCCCGUGGGGGCCGGACGCUGCACCUCACGGCAGAAGUCCCCGCCGGGCACAACAAGUGGUCCAAAGUCCGGCACAUCAAGGGUCCCAAGGACACCGAAAGGAGUCGCAUCUUCUCCAAGCUCAGUUUGAGCAUUCGCCUAGCGGUUAAAGAAGGAGGCCCCAACCCCGAGUUGAAUAGCAACCUGGCCAGCAUCUUAGAGAUGUGUCGCAGCAAGCACAUGCCCAAGGCAACAAUUGAGGCAGCGCUGAAAAUGGAGAAAACCAAGGACACUUAUUUGUUGUAUGAGGGCCGAGGCCCUGGUGGCUCUUCUCUUCUCAUUGAGGCGUUAUCUAACAGUAGCUCCAAGUGCCACUCGGACAUCAAACGUAUCCUGAACAAGAAUGGGGGAAUGAUGGCUGAAGGAGCUCGCCACUCCUUUGACAAAAAGGGGGUGAUCGUGGUUGGAGUGGAGGACAAAGAGAAGAAAGCUGUGAACCUGGAGCGUGCCCUGGAGCUGGCAAUAGAAGCAGGAGCUGAGGAUGUCAAGGAAACUGAAGAUGAAGAGGAAACGAACAUUUUUAAAUUUAUUUGUGAUGCCUCUUCACUGCAUCAGGUGCGGAAGAAGCUGGACUCCCUGGGCCUGUGUUCUGUGUCCUGUAUGCUAGAGUUCAUCCCCAACACAAAGGUGCGGCUGGCUGACCCUGACCUGGAGCAGGCUGCCCAUCUCAUCCAGGCUCUCGGCAACCACGAUGACGUGAUCCACGUCUAUGACAACAUUGAGUAGCCAGGCUGUACGUGGCUCCAGCAGCCUACUCUGGAGCACAAGCUUCUGCAGCGUCCUCUGAGACUCAAGCAGGUCAGGGCGGUGGGUGGUCCCGCAGGUUGGGAAGCAGAAGACCUGUAGUUCGUGGCCAACGGAAUCCCUGCCCUUUUGCGAAGCCUCUUCGUCAGCUCUGCUGGUGUCCCAGCGCCCUCCCAGGUGGGUCCCUCCACAUCCUUCUGGAUGCAGAGUGAGGCCAGUCAGCUGGUCAGAUUCUGAUCUCAGGAAGUUGGCCCUUGUGGGGAUGGUAGGUGCCCUGAGGGCCCAUGUACUAGAAACUGCUCUUAAAUAAUAACAGUGAUGGAUCUGGGUUUGCUGCACUGCUGUUGUAUGACUCUUGAGUUUUCCUGGGUUUGUGUCCAGUUGCUGGGACCCUCUUGACUUCCUUUCGAGUCUAUAGGCUUAGUUCCACUACUCCAAUCCCAAGACUUAAUUUUUUUGAUUGACCAUAGAAAUGUAGGUCCCUCCAGGUACUUUGUGCUCUAGUGCUCGUCUAAUGGCUUAAACCUGUCAUUCUUUCACAUAACUAAUAUUGAUCAAACACCGACUGUAUACCAGCAACUGCACUUACAAGCUGUUCAAUUGAUGCCCUGCGUUAGAUCCACUCUAAGACAUAGGACCUCAGGGGGAAGACACAGGAUUGCUCUCUACCAGAGCUGUCCCAGGGCAAUGUGAGGUGCUGUGCCUGCAUCCUUGUUCUCUUUGUGUGGCCUCUGUACCCUUCUUCUGUCAGAGAGCUUAAGGCUGUAGCCCCAAAGGAGAUCAAGUGCCAAUGAUAAGGGACUCCAGGCCCUGCUUUGCCUGGGUCCCUCUGUGUUCUGAGAUUGCUCAGAGUGGACCUGUCAGUGGGCUGCACUCAGGAAGGGCUAUACCAAGCUGGUUUUGAAAGCUCCUUGAUCCCCAGAAUGCCCAACCCUGGCUCCUCUUCAUCCCUGAUGCUGAUGAUGGGGCACUGGGAACUGGGAAGGAAAUAAGAGCAGAAAGAAGGCUGAGUCAGAAGCCUGGCCAGGUGGAAAAUAGGGGCCUUGGUGCCUUUUGUUCCUGAGUCACCUCUGGGUUUAGAGAGACAAGGAGUACCAACCACCUGUGCUGGAGCCCGUCAAGCGUGUCGGGCCUGGAGUGGCUUU